AUCCUUCUCAGCAGUGCUGCUGCCAAACCAGUUUUCCCUCAUUCUGUAUUUGUGCAUUUGGUUUUUCUUCCCUAAGUGUAGCACCUUACAUUUGUCUUUGUUGAAUUUCAUUUUGUUGUCUAAAGUCCAGUCAACAAAAUGUCUUCACGGUGUCCAUUUUUGGUUAUGCGAGGACAGAGCAUUGUUUGUUCAGGAGAGAAGAGACAGUUGGUAAUGAACGCCAGGCAUAAUUAUUAUUGGGCUAAGCUGUUGCAAGUGCUCAGCACCUCUCAGGAGUUAGCCUGUAUUUGUUAUUAUUUAGAUAGCAUUUGUGUAGCUUUACAGAGAAGUAGGAAGACAAGAUCUAUUCUGACAUGAACAGAGAUCGGAUGCUCUGCAAAUACUAAUCUCUCUCUCUCUCUCUCGGCCUGUUUCUGAGUGAUUUGCCUUGAUCUGGCUCACUGCUCACCUGCCUCUUAUCAAUGUUUCUUCCUUCCCUGUAGCAGUCGGAUGGGUCAGGAAAGGUUGAAGACUCCUCCAGAGCUUCCACAUGAUGUAACAAUAUUGGAUAUUUUAAUGUCAAGUCUGAACUAAAUGCAUUCGUGUAUAUGGAAUAAAACAUGGUGAGAUGGUAUAAAUGUUUUAUCAGCAUGAGUUUGGGAUGGCUGCAUUUCUCCUGAGCAAGUUAUAACACUCAUCCCAAUCUCAUCUAACUAAUCCACAUAAUCUCUAUACACAGUAUAUUUUUCUGAAAAAAUCUUUUGGGACUGUUUUGUACAUCCCUUGCAUGGAAAGCCACAAGCCGUAGAUAGCCUGAGUACAACUAUACAGGGCUCAGAGAGGGAGAAAAUUGCAAUGACUUUGAAAAUGAACCUAAAAUAACUUUUCUCUACAUAACAUCAUAAUUUCAAAUUUGAUAUCCUAGGAUCUUCCAGGUGUAGGGGUCAGAUUUUGAGAAUUAACUGGAAUCCACAAUUGGGUCCAAAAGAAAUCAGCAUGGUAGGUUAUAGCUCUUCUAAAAGUCUGGCCAGGAGUGUCACACUGGGAGCUGCUGGGUGCUGAGCAUUUCUGAAAAUCUGGCUCUUAUAGGGGUGUCUAAGUGGGAACUGAGCUCUCUUUUCUAACCUGCCCACAAUUGUGGGUGCUCACCAUGGAAAAUCUGGCCCACCAAUAUAUAUUGGUCCCAUUGGAAAGACAGGGUUGUCUGUUUCCUAAAGCUCCUAUUUCCCAGCCCCGUUGGUUUCUGAGAUACCUGAUCUUACCUCUGCACUCAUGACAGCUUUAAACUCUGACUGUCCCCAAGGGCUAGAAAUAGAUGAGUUCUGAUCCUGAGUUAACGCUUAGUUGGGUAGUGCUCCUGUCUGACAGCUUGCAAGCUAGCCUGGAAACCAGUUUGUAGUUAUGACUUGUAGCCUCCAGGUGGUGCUUAGCAGAUGUGCCUGUGGAGAGAGAGCAACGCAGUGCCAAAGAAAUAUUGGUGAUGAAAAAUUAAAGAAGCACUGGCCCCUUGUGGCAGCAGAAGAAAACACAGAAACAGUUUUAGAAACCAUAAUCAACAUAUGCUCCUAGUGGCAUUCUGAGGCCUCCUGAGAUUUGCCCCCUUCCUUUGUGCUGAAGGAACCUACGUGAGCUCUGGAAAGAGGCGAAGGUGAUGCUGAAUGAGUGCCGGAAAUAGCAGUAUACAGGGGGUGAAAAGCUCAUUUUCAUGAUCUCUCCUUCCUCGGGAUCUGCUUUCCUGCUCCCUUUUUAGCCUGGCACGGUAGGCUACUUUUCCCCUUGGGAGAGGAGUCCUUUGAACCUCUUGUACACUGAUCAAGCCGUUUGUGAAUUGAUAGAUCAAGCAAAAUUUCUUGAAGCUUGUAAUCACAUUUAUGAUCUGGAGCAAUCUGAACAUAAGAGUGAAAUAAAGAUUGACUUACUUUACAAAAAAGUAGCAGAAAGAAUGUGGUCAGUUGUGCAAGAAGCAAUCAGUGGAAGCGAUAGUAUGUUACUGGAGCCACUGAAAUCAGUAGGUGAAUCACUGAAGUGGGAGAAAGAGAAAGAAAAAGAAUGGUUUGACAGUGUCAAAGACAUGGAAUCUGUUUCAACCUGGAGCCCAAAAUACUGGAAUAAAGAUCUGGAGAAACUGCUAAUGGAGUGCAUGGCAACACAGAUUCCCUCCUUCGUGUCUGCUAGCAACACAGACGAGUCUGCAUUAAAAGAUCAUCUGAGUCAGUUGGAAACCACAAUCUUUCCCAACCUGAGAUGCAAAAGAGAUGUCUUCAAAGAAGCAGGAUUGCUUACUACCUAUACAAAAUGUUGUAAUGCCUGUUUGUCUUCUUACCUUUCCACACUUACAGACGGUGACAUGAGCUUCAGCAAAUGUCUUCUCAUUUAUGAAUGGGGCUUUAAUAUGUACAGAAGUGAGAAGCUGCUCAUGCCCUGCUGGACUCCACAGCAGAUGCUCUUAGCUGAUGCAUAUGUUCUCAAGUGGAAUUUUUCAAAUGUGGAGGAAAAGCUGCUCACAGUCAUCCAGAAGGAAGUAAGAGAAGCGCUCAGACAAGUAAUUACCGCGGGGGGAAAGCCCUAUACAGACACUACAAUCAUUCAGGUAUUAACAAGGAGGGCACAGGCAGUCCAGCAUAUCAGUGAUACCAUAAAAGAUAAGGUUGAAGCUGUAUGUUUGGAAGAACUUCUGCAUUUUCUGCAUAGCUAUAAACAUGAAGUAAGAAGCCUUCUCCAACUUGACACCUUUUCUGAGACCGACAGCAAUUUGCAAAUACUUGAGAACUGCUGCAUUUUCAGAGCUGCUUGGCAUAAGCUAACGUACAUCUAUCACGCUAGUGCUGACACUGAUGCUAAAGUGAAGGGAUUUAUAGACAGUACAGAAGAACAGAGUAGAGAACUUCUUCUGCAGGCAAUUACUUCUAAAGUCAAGGUGGCAUUGAAGGGUCACUUCAGAAAAGGUCAUAGUGAUUUUGACAGAUUUCUAGACUGCUUACGGUCCAGUUUUUCAAGGUUUGAGAUGAAAAAUACAGAGACCUAUGAGACCCUCAUCCAGACUGUCCACCACAACAUUAUCACUGAGUAUGUUCAGGCUCUCCUAACUGCUUCUGGGAAGUCAUCUUCUGCAAAGCGGAGGAAAAUUGCCAACAAAAUUGAAGCAGAUCACAGGGCAAUGCAAACACUCUUUGAAGAAUGCUUCGGCCCUAGAACUGCUUCACUGGAUGAUCCUAUUGAAGGAAUCCUAGAGUUUAUUCUACUUACUGACAUCGAAGCAAUGAAAAUACAGCUUGUGAUUCUUGUCCACAAGUUUCCAGAUAUAAGGAAAGAACAUCUGAAUAUAAUCUUGGACAUCAAAGGAACUCUCAGUUGGACAGACAGAAAUGCUGUGUUGGAGGUGGUUUAUGAUAAUUAUGUGGAAGCUGAAAGAGGACACAAUUUGUUUUUUGACAAGAUAGAAAUAAAGGCUGGAAAAUAUGGAGUCUGUGGCUGCUGCUGCUGCUGUUAGGAAAGGUCUAAUAUGGAAAGUCAGAAGCCACCCUCCUCGCCUGUGUCACAAAGGCUCCAUCAUCAGCAGGCAACAUCAGAGAUCACAGCUACUUGAAAGUUGCUCGGAAUGGCAAACAGUAUUUGUCUGCUGAAAACAGCCUGUAGGCCAUGCGAGAACAUGUGCCAGAGCGUUUCAAGACAAGAAGAUCACAUAAACCCAAACCAUGGUUCCCUGCAUGAAGUCCAACUGAAAAGGGGAAUGCACAUGGGUUAGAAUCGUCCCUCAAACCUGCAGCUAGAUUCUUGCUUAGCUGGGCUAUGGCUGCUAGGGAGAGAAGCACUGGAGAGAGCCACAUCUUGCUUCAGUAGGGGAUUGGGUCAGUAAGCCCCUGCCAUUUCCCCAGUCCUUCUACAAUGCUCCUUUCCACAGUCCUGCACAGAGAGCCACUAUGCAGCAUGCUCUGUGGCAUGCAGAGGGCUGCGGAAGCCUUUUGGCGCAUGGUUACUCCCUAGCAUCCUGCUCAGCCGGAAGGUGGCAUUUCCACAGCAUUUGGGGCCUUGCAUGCCCACAGCGGGGAAGCAGGAUGUGGCACUUAGCUUUUGUGUCCCAUUCAGUUGCUUAAAUGGAAAGCCAUACUAAUAGCACAGAACUUACAUCAAUCCCCAGUAGCCCAUUACAAUGGAUUGUGGACAUAGUGUAAUUAGUAUCUUAGUUUUAUAACUGGCUUCAGAGCUGAGUUUGUCUUUCCAUCCAUAUAACUCAGUUUACCGAAAAUUUCCCCUGCUGUAAGACUCUCAUUUCUUUAACAUGGGAAUUUUUGCUGUGGAAGUCUCGUGUGCAAUGGACAGUUAAAAUAGCUGUUUCCACUCUGGGUCGGUGUGAACUUCUUUCAGAUGUGAAUAGACAAGAAGUACAGUAGGGGAAAAUAAUAGCCCUUCUUUUUGCCCCUGUAUAGGCUGGUCAUAAUCUCAGAGCUGGAUUUGGUUCAAGGCCGCAUUUGCUAUUGUGUUAAUAUAGGUCACUGCCAUUCUGACAAGUGUGAACAAAUUAGCCGUGCAGAAAAGAACUGCGAUUAUCAGAUACUCUUCAACUCUUAUAGGCAGCCAUUCUGCAUCAGUGACAGCUUCCUCAAACAUGGCCUUUUACUCCUGUUUUGUUGGCAGUUCAAUAUGCUCAUGAUUAAUUAGGAAUGGAACAAGAGAAGCAAGUUGGUUGGUUUUUGUGUAUAUGAAAAACUUGUAAUCAAGCUGCUCCGUGAGAUGUUUGGGGGAAAGUCCCCUAAAUCAAAAUGAAAUUUUAAAAGGUGUCACACUACAAAACUAUAAACUCUUAUCUGUGCUCUUUGCUGAGUCUGAAAGCUCAUUUCUUCAAGAAACUAGCUUUUAAAGGCCAGAUUCUGCUUUCCUUACUCCUGGUGAACGGUACCUCCCUCUACAACUAGACCCAAAUAGACCUGUUCCAAGUAAGGUGACACACAGGGUGAACAGGGGAAUGUGUGCCUUGCCCAUGGCAAAUAUAUGGGUUUUAAAAAACAACUCAAACAACUUUAGAAUGACCAUGUAAUCUGCCUUAAGUGACCCUUCAAGGACCAGCAAACACCAGCUGAGUCACAGGGGUUGUUAAUUAACUAGAAGUGGCACCACACCAUACCAAAAAAUUGCUCUCCCUUGUUUGCCAUCUCAGCUUGAACUCUUCAUUCACUUUUCCCUGCACAGCUCUGCCCUGGCCUACACCUUGGAUCUGAUCUAUUAACAUGACCCAUGUUCUUUCUGUGUCAAUGGGCCAAUGUGCCCUGCCUCUUCAGGGACAAAAACAUUUGGUGAAUUUGUGUCGGUUUUGCCAAAUUGGUGAGAAAAACAAACAAAAUCCCUUAAAAAGGACUCAGAGAAAAUCAAAAUGUUUCCUUUCAAAAAAGAUGACAUUUUGAUUUUUCAGUUCAAAUUGACUGUUUUGAAAAUGUGUAAAAUAAUCAGACGUGGGCAGCAGUGAAGCAAACGUUUUGUUUGACUGGACACUGUAGUUUUUUCCCAACUUUUUGUUUUCCCAAAAAUUUUGAACAGUUUCAGUUCAACCCAAAAAGAAAAGGAGGACGUGUGGCACCUUAGAGACUAACCAAUUUAUUUGAGCAUAAGCUUUCAUACAGCUCACUUCAUCGGAUGCAUCGGAUGAAGUGAGCUGUAGCUCACAAAAGCUUAUGCUCAAAUAAAUUGGUUAGUCUCUAAGGUGCCACAAGUCCUCCUUUUCUUUUUGCGAAUACAGACUAACACGGCUGCUACUCUGAAACCUGUCAGUUCAACCCAAGCGGUUCGGUGUUUUUAAUUUUCCAGAAUGGCCAAUGAACCAGAAAAUCCAUUAUUCGCACGGCUCCACUCACAGCCUUCUGAGUUUAUUUCUCUAGGCCCAUCUUCGUGCCUUCCUCCACGCCCAAUACAAGGGCAGCUGGCCCUUCCUUUCCCUUUUUAACCUCCUCAUAAAGACCUGUUAUUCUCUGAGGCCUGUAAAGACCAAAUACCUUCUGCAGCCCAACAUUAAAUAAUUGGAUGAAGAAAAAAAAAGCCUUAUCUUUCUUUGGGGAUUGCAAACAGGUGUCAAGGGCUCACAACCACCCUGUCCUUUCCAUAUUGCUAAUUGUCCUGGGUAGAUGGGAGGGGAGCUUUGGUGGAGGUAAUUGGUCCUGAUCUACAGUAUGUCUGUGUUCUAGGACCCAAUCAUGCAAAUUCCUACUACUGGGAUGAGUAGUAAGCACUACUUUUGGUUGUAAGGUUUUGCAGAAUGCUGCCUUUACUUUGUGAGCCUCACAGGGACAGGAGAUGAGGGAGGGGGAGUAUUAAUAUUAUUUUUGUCUUGUACAAUACUGAGCACAUCUUUGAUUCCCAUGGACCAAAUGAUUUAAUCCCCAAUAGACUCUUUAUUGCUUUUAAUGAAUUGUGAGAACUUCAAAAUCAUAAAAGUCAAUUUCAGCUAUUAAAGGAUUAGGAAGAGCGUUUUAACAAAAGUCAGUAAUUUGGCUACUCUUCCAAGACAGCUGACUCCCUGUUCUGUUUGAAAACAGUUUCUAAAGCUUCAGAUGGUCCAGGUAUUAGAUAAAUGUGCAAUUUUUAGUCCAGCUAAACAUUCAAUGGGCUUAUAAAUCACUCAGUAAAACAAUUUAAAAAAAUUCACUCCCACUUUGCACAGGUUGGAAGACAGCACAGUCUGCAUGUUGCACCCAGCUCAUCCAGCCUCAAACUUCUUGCCACACAAAGAAAUAUGGACAUCUGUCAAAAUAUACAGGGCUGGGCUCUGAAUUGUGCUGGGUAUAUCAAGCUAGUCACAGUAUUCAUCCUUCAGUGCUAUGACUUACGCAUUUAUUUCCAGGGGCGGGGAAUACAUUAUAUCUACAAUUUCUUGGAGAUAGGAUUAUAGUGAGCCAUGUUUAUUGAUAUUUAAAUCAACAAGCAUUACAGAUCAAAUAAAUAAAAACAGACAAAACCCUUCAGACAUCCUGAUCAUAGCUGGUCUAAAAAUACAUUCCACAGCACUGGAAAGAUUUCUUCAAAUAAAUAUUGGUAAUUAGUUGCUUCUACUCUAUCUGAUAGUCACAUUCAGAGAAGGGUUUUGUGCUUACUAAAUAAAUAAAUGUAAAUUGGAAAUCGGCAUGUAUUGGAACAUAGUGUUAUAUAAAUAAAUCCUGUCUGUGUAUGUAUAUACAAUGUGUUCUGUAAUAUAUAUCUGUAUGUGAAAGAUAUUUAUUUUAAAUAAUAUUUCUUCAUUGUAAAUUUCUCUUUCUUAUUUUGCAAUGGAGCCAUAAAAUAUUCAAAUAAAACUUAAAUGAAGAAAAA